CGGCAAAGGAGAGGGUCUCAGAUCUCCGGUGGAUUAUGUCCUGUCCUUUCCCUUUGGUCCAGCACGCACAAUAGGCAGGUUUGAACCAUAGUUAGCGUAGGUUGGUUGUAUCAGCGCUAUUGAAUGUGUAUAUUCUAGAAUGUUCGCUAACCGGCAAAAAAAGAUAGGGUGUCAGAUCUCUCUGGUGAAUUAUCUCCAUUCCUUUCCCUUUUGUCCAGCACUCACAAUAGCCAGGUUUGAAGCAUAGUUAGCGGAGGUUGGUUGUAUUGGCGCUAUUGAACGUGUAUUUUAUAGCUUGUAUAUAGUCUUCUGCUGCUAAGUUGGUAGUAUCUACUUGCUAGUGGUCAGGCAAUUCUGUCUUUGUAGAGUUUUGUUGCUCCCUGCAUAUCUCUUUUAACUACGGCAGUAAUGACACUCAAUUGCGCUGCCCCUAAAUUUGUACGCUGACGACUUGCAAUCCUACUGCCUCAAAGGGACAAGAGGUUUUUGAGAGUUGUUGGAUAAGCAGGACCAUGAGCAUGAAGAGGUUAGGGGACACAGUUAUGGUAGAAAGUGGGGGGUGCAAUGAUGUGAGGGCAAUGACGAGCGUCACGCGAGUCACGGAGCAAUGCAUGUUUAAUAGUUUAUUGACUCAUGACUCACAAGACGAUUGUUUGCACAUGGUGGCAGGUAAUUUGCAGGUCACUAACAAGUGCUUGCUGAGAUGAGAGUAACCUGAUGAACCAACCACCAGGUUAUGACCGGUUACCAACUAACAUUGGCUGUAGUUACUGCUAGUAUACUUACUGCAAGUGGCAGGUAAUUUGCAGGUCACUGACGAGCGUCUGCUGACAGUAGAUUGUCCGCCAAUCAACCGAAAGAAAGCAGGUCACGGAUGAGCGUUCGCCUUCUUUGUCUGGCAGGCAAGUGUUUGCCUUUGAGUGACAAGUUCUUGCCUGUGGCUGACAAGUGUUUGUCAGCGGUGGCAGGCAACAAUCUGACAUGAUAUCUGGCAGGUCACUGACAAGUUUUUGUCAGUGACUGACAAGUGUAAUUUGCAAGAGAUCUGACUGGCACAUGUCAGUACCUCUGACAAGUGCAAGAAGUCUCACAAGUGCGAGAAGGAUGACGAGUGUGAGAAGUAUGACACGCGCAAGAAGUCUUCUGACAAGAAAUGUGGCAGGUGAUUGAUAAGUCUUCGCUGUUGAUCACUUACCCAGACGCUGACUGCCCAAACAUCAGGUGUCACUGAGGAGUGCUUGCCCGUAAACGACAAGUGCUCGUCAACAAAACUGGUGAGUGUUUGCUGGCAGCGGCAAUUGAACCGGAAGGAACCGGCAGGAACUGGAACCCUUCUGUGCACCGCUGACGGUUCUUCAGUGACUGUGAAUGAAUUUAACUAGGCGGAGGCAGGACGGUACAUCCAAGCGUUGGCCCACUUGUUAACCGACGCACUUUGCUGAAAUAUUGGUGGUUUAAUUUGCAGGUCAUUUGCCUACUGCUCAGUGGCAGUGGAUUUUUGUAAGCCAACCAACCUAUCAUCAGGACAGCAACGAGCUUUUUAGCGGUCAGUGGCCAGACUGGCAUUCGCCAGCUACUGACACGCAAUCUACUGGCAGUGGCAGGUCAUUUUGCAGGUCAGUGUCAAGUACUCCCCAGGUCAGUGUCUUGUGUGUAUGCAGAAACCAACUGAUCACCAGGUCAGUCACAACAUUUGGUGUUUGGGAGAGGGGAGAGCACGGACGGGCGCUCACCGUCCACUGUCGGUCACAGGUAAUAUGCAUGCAGGUCAAUGACAAUGGGCCAAUGGCACUGGCUGCUGGUAUACGUCGACCAAUCACAAUACGUCAAGCAACCACUUUGAACUACGCCAUGUAUGCAUGGAUGGGGUCUUCUAUGCUCCAGUAUGGAUGGAAGAUUGCAGGAAGAGGAUGCGAGUGCGGUAGGAGGAGAAAGUCUUCUCUCCUCGCCAUUGCUUUUUCCAUAUGUGAGAGUAGUAGUUCAGACUCCAGAGCCAUAGCUGCGAACAAGAAGAAGCCAGAGCGGAGAACAAGAAGUGUGUACUUCUAAUAUACAUUCCAGGCCAAUGUGUCGAUCGACAACUGGGGUUGUGGCCAGCACAGUCUGAAAUGCUAUCUCGGCGGCAGAAUACUAAGUACUUCAAUAUUGGACAACCGUCUUCACCCUGUUCUAUUGUAGUCAAGCUAGCCAUCUCCCCAAGAGUGCUAAAAGCUUCCAUG